AUGCAAUUUGUCCUUCCUUUCUUGCUAGGCCUUGCGUGGCUCGCCAACGCAGCCUACAUCCCUUCCUUGACUAAGACCAAUGCCACUGAUUUGGUUGCUCGUGAGGUCGACGGAUAUCGCUCCGUGGCCUACUUUGUGAACUGGGGCAUCUAUGCUCGCAACUACCAGCCUCAGGAUAUUCCUGCUGAGAAACUGACUCACAUUCUCUACGCGUUUGCCAACAUCCAGAAUGAUGGUACCGUGGUCCUGUCGGACACUUGGUCUGACACGGACAAGCACUACCCCACUGAUUCCUGGACUGAUACCGGCAACAAUGUCUAUGGCUGUGUCAAACAGCUUUUCCUCCUCAAGAAGAAAAACCGCAAUCUCAAGAUUCUCUUGUCGAUUGGUGGCUGGACCUACUCUCCCAGAUUUGCCCCUGCCUUUGAUACUGAGGGCGGACGCCAGAAGUUUGCGGACAGCUCUGUCGAGCUGCUCAAGGACUUGGGCUUUGAUGGUCUUGAUGUUGAUUAUGAGUACCCUGCCAAUGAUGAUCAGGCGGACAAGUUUGUCGAUGCCCUCCGCCGAACUCGUCAGGCUUUGGAUUCGUACAGCUCAGCCAACGCCGGCGGCUACCAUUUCUUGCUUACAACCGCAUCCCCUGCUGGUCCCGCCAACUACCAGAAACAGCACCUCUCCCAGAUGGACCAGUAUCUCGACUUCUGGAACCUGAUGGCCUACGACUACUCCGGAAGCUGGGACACCAUUGCCGGCCAUGACGCCAACCUCCACGCAUCCAGCAGUAACCCAGCCAGCACUCCCUUCAACACGGACCAAGCGAUCGAUUACUACACUUCGCACGGAGUUGCUUCCGACAAGAUUGUCCUGGGCAUGCCUCUAUACGGCCGGGCAUUUGCUGAAACCGAUGGCCCUGGCCAGUCUUACAAUGGUGUUGGUGCUGGUAGUUGGGAGAACGGUAUCUGGGACUACAAGGUCCUCCCUCAGUCUGGGUGUGCUGUCACAAACUUGGAUCAAGAGGGUGCUAGCUACUGCUACAACUCUGCUUCCCGCUUGUUUAUCAGCUAUGAUACUCCUGAUAUUGCCCGCCAGAAGGCUGAGUACAUCAAGUCUCGGGGUCUUGGGGGUGGUAUGUGGUGGGAGCUCAGCGGUGAUAAGACUGAUGGUGACAGCUUGAUCUCCCAGGCAACGUUACAGGUUGUCAACACCGUUGGUGGCACUGGCUCUCUGGACAAGACCCAGAACCAGCUGAGCUACCCUGCCUCCAAGUACGAUAACUUGAAGGCUGGUUUCUGA